GCUGUGCUUCCCCCUCUCUUUCUCUCUCCCAUAUUCUGUUUCUAUGGUGGCAAAUGGCAAUAAAGAGACAGAGAGAUGGGUGUGAAUCAACAGUGCCAUGUGUUGAGCUCAGAGGUCUUCACAUGGCUUCUCUCCAAUCCAAGCGCUGAGUCUGCCAAAACAAUUAAAUCUUGGAAAACUCAGGCCUCCUCUCAGGUUUCCAAAGAGCAUCACUCAGUCUUACAAGAAAGACCCAACAUUUUUUAAGGAGCAAAAAAUGGUGAAGACUCUUCUUGGGAGUAGUGAGGCCUGUGGGGAAGGAAACAACCCAGAAAGAAAUCGCAUAAAAACCAUUUAACACAAGAGAAGAGACACAUUUAGAUUUGUGUGUUUUUAUUUAUUAAGAAAUAAUUUUUUUUUUAAUUUUCUAUGUAAUUAAUAUUCCUCAAAUUCCUAACCUACCACCAUUGAUAGGAUAUGGCCAUGGACAACUUAGUUUCAUACUUUGCUUUUCCCUCUUCCCUUCUCCAUCCCUCUCUUCAAAAGCUCCUCUGAAGCCCCUUUCAGUUCAAUCCCUAAAAGAGUGACUGAGCGGGCGAACGAGCGAGUGGGUGAUUGAGUAAGCGAUUGCUUUUUCUGAAUCACUUUGGCUCUCAUCGGACUCAGCAGCAUCAAAUCUUUUUUACCCUUUUCUCGCUUUUUCGCCUCAUCGAGGUUAGACCUCAUUAGGUUCGUUCCUGUUAGUUUACUCGCCUUUUGAGUCGAUGAAACUGGAGAUACUCUCCGGCUAUCGGAUGGCGUCGAAAACAUGCUCGUCUGUAAACCGACUAUGUUCGAUUGCUGUCCUCGCUGUGCUCCUCAUUGGUGCCGGUUUUUUGGGCUCUUUGGGUGCCAAGCUACUUAUCUCAGUUGCCCUAACAUCGGUAGUUUUGCUCUCGACCUCUCUCCUCUUCAUGUCUUCAAAGCAAAACUCAUCAGGGCAGACAAAGUAUGUGGAACCUUUGGAGCCAAAGUAUGAGCAGUGUUCUGCACCGAUGAAGGAAGACCGAGUAGCAGAGGAACAAGAAGACUGUAAUGGGCAAUUUGAUGAUUCUUUGGCAUCCGAGAGCGAAUGCAUAAACCCCUCGUCGACAAGCGAGGAUUCGGAGGUUGAUUGGCCAUUGGAUCGAACCCCUGAGUGCUCCGAUGGUUCGAUCUCUGACGAGGAGAGCCUCAUUGAGAUAGCCAUUCCAAGCGGGCACUAUAUUGUCGGUCGCAAGGAAGACCCCGAACACCACAAGUUCUACAAGAAGAAGAUGCCAGACUUCUUCCCAGAUUCAGUUUUCCAAGGAAACAGCCUCAUAGACCUGCUGGGCGAGAUGAACGAGGAGGAUAACUUGAUCGAGAUCGACAUAUCAGCAGGAUCGAUCAAGUGCUCAAGGUUCGGGAUCAAAGCUUGACUAUUGAUUUGAGUUGUGUCUUGAUAAAUUGCUUGCUUCAUGGCUGGUAUAUAGUGCAUUAAGUUUUUGAUCCCAUCUUGGGAUUUGAUAUAUAAGCCAAGUGAAAUUAGGGUUUUAGAAGGGUUAACACAUAAUGUUCUUGAUUUGCUUUGGAUGCCCCUGGGUACUCAUUAAAGCAAAUGUACUAUGGCCCUUUUGUUUUCUCCUAAUGCACCAUUAAAGUAAAUUAACAAAAAAUAGAGAAAUAGGGUAGUCAUGCAGAUGCCUUCGCACAGAAUUAGGAGAUUCCUGAUUCGAUUCUCACCAGUAAAUUUCGUAUUAUCUCUUU